AUAUAUCCUUGUCAGAAGCCGGGUCUCGAAAAUCUUCAAAAAAGUGCUACCUGCGUGAACGUGGUAGAGGAGGAGGGUGAUUCACAGCACGGCUGAGGGGGGUGUGGUUCAGGACUGGUCCGAAGCUUUGACUACUUGUUGACGUCACCGGAAAGUGGAAGAUGUCGGUGUCGGAGCAGGCGCUCCAGAAGGCGCAGGAGAUAUCGCGACAGGCGGCAGAUGUGGCGGCGAAGGGUCAGAUGGUGGUCCCACAGCAGGCGAAGACCCUGUUCCAACGCUUGAAAAGCAUGGGUUACAAGCGAUGGGCAAUGGUGUUGGUGACAAUGGGAGGGGUGGUUGCCGCGCUGGCGACGCCGGUCCUGCUGGUUGUCGGUCUGCCAGCUCUCGUCGUCGUGGGAGGCAUCCUCCUUCUCUUCUCUCCACUCAUCCUGGUCACCUCACCGCUCUGGAUUCCCGUCGUCCUCUUCUUCCUCAUUGUCGGUGGAGGUCUGGCGGCGACUGUGGCUGCGAUCCUCGGCCUGUGGUGGUUGUACCGGUAUUUCAGGGGACCGAUGCCCCCAGGCGGCAAGCAGAUGUACAUGGUCAAGGAGUAUGUCAGGGGCGUCGUGCAGCGCACGACGGGAACCAUAUCCAAGAAGGGCCACCAGAUCACUGACGCCAUGAAGAUCACGACGCCUUCCUCCACGUAAGGUCGCAUUCAUCAUGAUGUUCCUUCUACAUCUUCGGAAUAAUGUACCGACCGGUGCAUCCCGACUCCACUGCCUCCAGGUGGCAUGCAGGUCAUCCGGACUCCACUGCCUCCAGGUGGCAUGCAGGUCAUCCUGACUCCACUGCCUCCAGGUGGCAUGCUUCCAGGUGGGAACCAGGUCUUUACGGUGAAGGAGGACGUGAGGGUCGCACUGAAGAAUGACGCAUGCAUCCUUUUUUUGUGUUCCUCAUCUUCGUAAUGAUGUCCUGGUACGUCCGGACGCCACUGUCUCCAGGUGGCGAGGAGGUCUUCAUGGUGAAGAGGAGUAUGCGAGGGUCGUCAUCUAGCACAUGAUGGCAAGCAUAGCCAAGAAGGGGCACGACGUCAUGGAUCAUUUAGGACUCAUGAAUCAUCUUCUUCUUACUCCUUAGAACCAUAGCCAAUAAGGGCGACGAGCAACGGGUUCAUGUAUCUUUAGAGAUCUCGUGAAACAUCCCUUAUCUUCCUAAUAUCUUAGAGGUUAGAAUCCAUAGCCAAGAAGCGGCGCGAGGCUUAUUCUCUGGAAGUAACGCAUCAUUCUUCAUUGAUCUUCAUCGUUGACAUUCAAGAAGGAGCCAAGACGGGGCACUAGCUCAUGGAGCAGUUUAGGACUCAUCAUCGUCUUCUUCUUAGCAUUCAUCUGAGAAUCAUAGCCAAGAAGGGCAACGAGCACAUGUACUUUUUUCUUGUUUUUGUUUUGGGGGGUGUACCUUUUUAGAACUCAUGAAUCAUCCCCUUUUAGGAUUCACAGCCAAGAAGGGGUCGGAGCUCAUGGAUCUUCUCUCGAAGUAAUGCAUAUUCAUCUUCAUUUAAAACCUUAAGGAGGGGUUCUGCCUCUAUUUAGGACCUCAUGAUCUUCGUCCAUUAUCAUCUUUCUGCAUCUCUUUCCUGUUCAUCGUGUGCUUUGUUCAUCGUUUGCUUUGUAAGAAUAUAGUAGGGUCGUGGUAAUGCAUGGGAGAUGUGAAAUAACAGUGAGGUUUCCUCUCUAGUGCAUGUUUUUUUUUCAUGAUUUUGUUUUGAUCAGUAGGUACCACUAGCGCUCCCGGAGAGGUUCCAUCUAUUGGUGGGACACUGGGGAGUUUCACCUGCUGGAAAAAGGGUCCAGCGUCCCAUAUACAGAGGGAAUCAGGAAGAGUAAAGUGGGAAAGAGACAUACUAAUCACUGGGUGAGUAGUCGAAGAAUGACAGUAGUGGGCAACAUGUUGCGAUCUGAGGUGCAAGCGAAAGAACUCCGUCAAAUAUCACUUCAUCCCUACUACUGCCCUGACAGGGUUAGACUUUCGCAGUCUGCAGGGGUCCACGUAAAUCUUCUCCCCUGGUCUGCUCUGUUAAAGCAUUGGGUCUGGUUCCACUACUCUGUGCUCUAGGUUUCUUGGGACAAGAUUAAAGUAGGGGGACCUGUUGCUAGCUGGAGAUGUGGGGGGUUCAGCCACUAGGCACGGAAGGGUUAGGGUGAGGGUCCCCUCAGGACAGCUCGCCCGUGGAAUGGGAAAGGUUGAUGAGAGUGAGAUUUAGUACAAUCUACGGUUGAUGUCUAUCUGGACCCGGACCCUACAGACUGCUUGAAUUAGGAACAGUUGAUGAGAGGAAGAGGACAUUCUAUGGCUGAUUGUAGGGCUCUUGUGUCGGUGGGGCUCUCUACAGGAUUGAUUGGGUUGCCUUCUGCCUACUAUGUUCGGUUCACUAUCAACAAAGUUAACUAGUAAUG